GCCUACUGAAGGGACAGCGAAAGACACAGACAUUGUUCUAUCUUUCUGUCUAUUAACAAACACCGAUCAUCUCUGAGAAAGAUGACAGACACCCAUGUCAGAAAUUGAGCUGUUUCUGCUCGAAUAUCCAUGCACUCAAGUUUUCUUGCUUGAAAGUUAGAGACAAACUUUCUGGGUUACGCUUGCAGGUCCAUAUUGAAAAAAAGAAAAAACUAUUAGCAGUUGAUCAAAUGGAAGGUAGUGAUAUACUGAAAGUGAGUAGUGCACGUCUAAGCAGCUCUAGCAUCUGGAGGAAUAGUGGCAUGGAGGUUUUUUCCAGGUCAUCGCUGGAUGAAAACGACGAAGAAGCUCUGAAAUGGGCAGCUAUCGAGAAACUGCCGACUUAUUUGCGUAUAAGGAGAGGUAUACUCACUGAAGAAGAGGGUCAAGCCAGAGAGAUUGACAUCAAGAAUCUUGGACUGCUAGAUAGAAAGAAUUUAAUAGAGAGGCUAUUAAAAAUUGCAGACGAGGAUAACGAGAACUUCCUGUUGAAACUCAAGGACCGCAUUGAACGGGUUGGACUUGAGUUUCCCACCAUUGAAGUCCGGUUCGAGCAUUUAUAUGUGGAAGCAGAAGCUUAUGUUGGAAGCAGGGCAUUACCCACCAUUUUCAACUUUUGUGUUAAUAUGCUAGAGGGGUUCCUGAGUUGUCUUCACAUUCUUCCAAGUAGAAAGAAACCACUACCGAUUCUUCAUGAUUUAAGCGGAAUCAUCAAGCCUAGAAGAAUGACUCUGCUAUUAGGCCCCCCAAGCUCCGGGAAGACCACGUUACUGUUGGCUUUGGCAGGAAAACUUGGGAAAGAAUUGAACGCGUCAGGGAGAGUCACGUACAAUGGACAUGGAAUGGAAGAGUUUGUACCGCAGAGAACAUCUGCUUAUAUAAGUCAACAUGAUGUCCAUAUUGGAGAAAUGACAGUGAGAGAAACGCUAGCUUUUUCUGCAAGAUGUCAAGUCGGGCCACGUUAUGAGAUGUUGGCAGAAUUAUCGAGGAGAGAGAAGGCCGCAAACAUUAAGCCAGAUCCUGAUCUUGAUAUCUAUAUGAAGGCUUCAGCACUUGAAGGACCUGAGGCUAGUGUCGAAACCCAUUACAUACUCAAGAUUCUUGGACUAGAAGUCUGUGCUGAUACCAUGGUGGGGGAUGAGAUGUUACGAGGUAUAUCUGGCGGACAAAAGAAGCGAGUCACUACAGGGGAAAUGCUGGUUGGACCAGCAAGAGCUCUUUUCAUGGAUGAGAUCUCGACUGGUCUGGAUAGUUCAACAACAUUUCAGAUAGUAAACUCACUCAGACAGUCCAUCCACAUCCUCAAUGGAACAGCAGUUAUCUCUCUCCUCCAGCCUGCACCAGAAACCUACGACCUAUUUGAUGAUAUAAUUCUGCUCUCAGACGGUCAAAUCGUGUAUCAGGGUCCUCGUGAAAAUGUGCUCGAGUUCUUUGAAUGCAUGGGAUUCAAGUGUCCAGAGAGGAAAGGAGUUGCUGACUUCUUACAAGAAGUGACAUCAAGGAAAGAUCAAGAGCAGUAUUGGGCAAACAAAGAUGAGCCUUAUAACUUUGUUUCAGUAAAGGAAUUUGCUGAAUCAUUUCAGUCAUUUCACAUUGGUCGAAAACUAGGUGACGAGCUUGCUACUCCUUUUGACAAGUCCAAAGGCCAUCCCGCUGCUUUAACAACUAAGAAGUAUGGAGUUAGCAAGAAGGAACUGUUCAAAGCUUGUGCAUCUAGAGAGUUUUUGCUUAUGAAGAGAAAUUCAUUUGUCUACAUUUUCAAGAUGUUCCAAUUAAUUCUAUCUGCUUUUAUAACAAUGACGUUAUUUAUUCGGACUGAGAUGCGCCGAGAUACAACUACAGAUGGUGGGAUUUAUAUGGGUGCUAUGUUCUUUACAAUCAUCAUGAUAAUGUUUAAUGGAUUCUCGGAGCUUGCCAUGACCAUUAUGAAACUUCCUGUCUUCUACAAGCAAAGGGACCUCCUCUUCUAUCCUUCAUGGGCAUAUUCUCUCCCAACAUGGAUCCUUAAGAUUCCUAUAACAUUGGUGGAAGUUUCCAUUUGGGUACUAAUGACUUAUUACGUCAUAGGCUUCGAUCCAAACAUCGAACGGUUUUUCAAACAAUUCCUGUUACUCCUAUGUAUUAACCAGAUGGCAUCUGGAUUGUUCCGAUUGAUGGGUGCAUUAGGAAGGAAUAUAAUUGUUGCCAACACAUUUGGGUCUUUUGCUUUACUUGCAGUUCUGGUUAUGGGUGGAUUUGUUAUAUCUCGAGAGGAUGUACAGAAAUGGUGGUUAUGUUACUGGGUCUCCCCAGUGAUGUAUGGGCAGAACGCUAUAGCUGUCAAUGAGUUUCUCGGGAAUAGUUGGAGACAUAUUCCUCCCAACGCAACAGAACCGCUAGGAAUUUUAAUCUUGAAAUCUCGUGGAGUAUUCACAGAAGCAUACUGGUAUUGGAUUGGAGUUGGAGCAACGAUUGGAUAUAUUUUUCUAUUCAAUUUCCUCUUCACAUUGGCCCUAAAAUAUCUCGAUCCAUUUGGGAAGCCUCAGGCAGUACAAUCCAGAGAUGCCUUGGCUGAGAAAAUUGCAAACAGAACUGGAGAGGUCAUUGAGCUAUCAUCAAGAAGGAGGAGUUCUUUUGAGAAAGGGAAUGAAAGCAAAAGAAGCGUAUCAUCCAGGACGUUGUCUGCAAGAGUGAGCAGCAUUAAUGAAGCUAAACAACACAACAAACGGGGGAUGGUCCUACCCUUUGAACCCCUUUCCAUCACAUUUGAUGAAAUCAGAUAUGCUAUAGACAUGCCGCAGGAAAUGAAAGCUCAGGGAGUUCCUGAGGAUCGGCUGGAACUCUUGAAGGGGGUGAGCGGUGCUUUUAGGCCAGGAGUCCUAACAGCUCUAAUGGGUGUGAGUGGUGCUGGAAAGACUACUCUGCUGGAUGUGUUGGCGGGAAGGAAAACCGGUGGAUAUAUUGAGGGAACCAUCACUAUAUCCGGUUAUCCCAAAAAGCAAGAAACAUUUGCCCGCAUUUCAGGAUACUGCGAACAAACAGAUAUCCACUCUCCUCAUGUUACAGUCUACGAGUCUUUGCUGUACUCUGCAUGGCUACGUUUACCACAUGAGGUUGACUCUGCAACCAGAAAGAUGUUCCUUGAGGAAGUGAUGGAGCUGGUGGAGCUAACCACUUUGAGAGAAGCCCUUGUGGGAUUGCCCGGCAUAAAUGGACUAUCAACAGAGCAGCGCAAAAGGCUGACAAUUGCAGUUGAGCUUGUUGCGAACCCUUCUAUAAUAUUCAUGGAUGAACCCACCUCCGGUCUUGAUGCCAGGGCAGCUGCAAUUGUAAUGAGAACAGUGAGGAACACCGUAGACGGGAGAACUGUGGUCUGCACCAUCCACCAGCCCAGCAUUGAUAUAUUUGAUGCUUUUGAUGAGCUAUUUCUCUUGAAACGGGGAGGUGAAGAGAUAUACGUGGGCCCAUUAGGCCGCCAUUCUUCCCAUUUAAUCAACCACUUUGAGGGAAUUGAUGGAGUUCCUAAGAUUAAGGAAUACAAUCCUGCAACCUGGAUGUUGGAGGUUACUUCAGCAGGACAAGAAGCAGCCCUAGGGGUUAAUUUCACAGAAAUUUACAAGAACUCAGAACUUUAUAGGAGAAACAAGGCCUUGAUCAAGGAACUCAGUACAGCCACACCGGGUUCAAAAGAAUUGUACUUCCCUACGCAAUACUCACAGUCUUUCGUUACCCAAUGCAUGGCUUGCCUCUGGAAACAGCAAUUAUCAUAUUGGCGAAACCCACCAUACAGUGCCGUCAGACUCCUAUUCACAACUUUCAUAGCUUUAAUGUUUGGGACAAUCUUCUGGGAUCUUGGCUCAAAAAGGCGAAACCGACAAGAUCUUUUCAAUGCAAUGGGUUCCAUGUAUGCUGCUGUUCUCUUCAUAGGUGUACAAAACGCCUCAUCAGUGCAGCCAAUUGUGGCCAUUGAGAGAACAGUCUUCUACAGAGAAAGAGCUGCUGGAAUGUAUUCUGCUUUGCCAUACGCCUUUGGACAGGUUGUCAUUGAGCUCCCAUAUAUUUUCGUCCAGACUAUCAUAUAUGGGAUUAUAGUGUACGCCAUGAUUGGGUUUGACUGGACAUUAAGCAAAUUCUUAUGGUACAUCUUCUUCAUGUACUUCACUUUCUUAUACUUCACUUUCUACGGCAUGAUGACUGUGGCCGUUACUCCAAACCACAACAUAGCUGCUAUAGUUUCUUCAGCCUUCUAUGCAAUAUGGAAUCUUUUCUCAGGAUUUAUAGUUCCCAGGACAAGGAUGCCAAUCUGGUGGAGAUGGUACUUUUGGGUUUGUCCCGUCUCUUGGACCUUGUACGGAUUGAUUGCUUCACAGUUUGGAGACAUUAAAGACAAACUUGAUACGGGUGAAACGGUAGAAGACUUUUUGAGAAGUUAUUUUGGGUAUAGAAAUGAGUUUCUGGUGGUUGUGGCUGUUGCGAUUGUUGGAAUCUCAGUGCUCUUUGGGUUCACCUUUGCCUAUUCGAUUAAGGCAUUUAACUUCCAAAAGAGAUAGACGACAUCUUCUUCUUCUUGUUCUUCUUUCUUUUUCUUGGGUUUUGUAAAACUCAAUACGGAGGAAAUCAUGUUGUUGCAAGUUUCAAUUAUUAGCAUGCUAGAAUUUAAAGCUGCUUCAAGAGAAUGUGCAUUGAUUUCCAUGUAAAAGGUCUAAUGUAACGAACCGACGAAGAAUUUUAUCCUCGUAAUAUU